UCACAUUUCUAUCAAAUCUUUAUUCAAAUCUUCUUUUUCUUCUUCUUCCUCAAGCAUAUAUUAAAAAAAAUUAGGAAAAAAGUAGAAGAAAACUACUUAAAGAAUCAAGAAAAUGUGUGUCAAUUCUACAGAAUGGAGUGCUUCACGUAUUCAUUACUUCUCUGGAAAGAAACAAAAACCAAAAAAAUCCAAAGUUCAAGUUCAUAGGCUUGCAUGGAGGAAGAGAAGUGAGGAAAAGGCAGCAGCAGGUAAAAAUAUGGAAUUGAAAAACUUGAAGUUGUACAUGGAAAAUAUGAGUAUAUUAGAAGAAAAUGAGAACUUGAGGAAAAAGGCAAAUCUUCUCCAUCAAGAAAAUCUUGCUUUAUAUUCUGAAUUUGAGAAGAAAGUUUCUCACUUGGAUCGGGUUUCCGCCACUCUUAAUGUAAUCAGGGACGGAGCUAGAGUUUAAGUUACGAGUUCAGUCAAACUCGAAGCACUUUGAUGAUCAAAAUCAGUAUUGUUUUAAUAAAAUCUAUGGAAUAUGCAUAAAUUAUUAAUUUUAAAA